AUGGGGGCUUGGCUGAGUGUGAGCGAAGACUCGAAGUCGAAGAUUGGCGGAAGCGGAAACCGCUUCCGGAGCCUCGAAGUCCGGAGCUUGGCGGGGCGUGCGCUCUCCCUCAGCGUCGAGGACGAGACGACCUGCGCCGAGCUCGCCUCGGCCAUCGAAGCCCAGCUCGGCUUGAGCGCCGAAGUGCAGAAGUGGAUCGUCGGCGAAGGACCCGUGCAGGAAGUGCUGGGCAAUUUGGGAUGCUCCUCGAAGACUUUGGCGGCUGUGGGGUUGGGUUCCGACGUCCGAUCUCUGACGGUGUUGCACAUUGGCUUCACCCCUUUGGCGUUGUUGCCGGAGCGCUUUCUGGUCCAAUUCCAGUCCAGCCGGCAUAGGUUCGGGACUGGCUACUCUAGCGCAUUCGCCAGCCUUUACUAUCUCCGUGGGGAUGCUGCUGCACGUCAGAUGGUGAUGGAGCCGUGGAGGAAGAACGAUCACGACCAGUUCAUCUAUGAUAUGGGCGAGUGCACCAUGAAAGCCAUUACAAGCCACUGGAUGAGCGGAUCGACAGAGAAGACGCAGGCUCUCGUCGGCUUUGACCCUCUGGCCGAGUUUCUUCAGAGUUGGCGGGAUGCACGAUGCCGCCGCGUGAGCGAAGAAGACGCGUACUGGAGAAAACAUGUGGAUGCCCGGGAUGCCGACAUAGAUGCCGAAGAUGCUGCGACGGCUUGUACGGCCGGCACAGCCUCUUCGUUGCGGCCGAAGUACGGUGCCGUUCCGGGCUGGUUCGUGGAACCCUCGAGCGGUUGCACAGAGAUUCUCUGUGAGGCGACAGUUGGUCAGUUGAAGAUCCUGCGUCUCCUCAUCAACCAGGACGGGGAGCCCGUCCGCGCCGCCCUCCACCUGCAACGGGCCAGCCCUCUGCACGAAGAGGUGGAAGAGUUCGACGUGACAGUGCGGGAGCUCCAGCCCGGCGAGCCGCUGAAGUGA